UUGCUAAAGUUCAGGAUAUUGUUCUCUAAGCUGAAUCAGCAGAAAAGGCGCAAGCGUGACAAGGACGAUCACUGGCAAGACUCUUGCAUCGAGGAGUUGAGCAUCGACAUCGGUCAGUUUCCGGCUCUACAUGACUACUGCCAAAUGCUUAGGGAAAUGCAGGAGAGUCACGUUGAUGAAGUGGCUCAGCAUGGUCGAUAUCUCUCCAAGUUGUUGAAAUGGUCUGUAGUGGACAGCAAAGUCUUCAGGAUGCCUCAAACCUUACCGACGAUCUCGAGACCUGCUGUCAAUCUAGACAACAUUUGCGUAGUUCUUACAGAGGAUCCCGGCCAUCAUUUUUCACAUACAAUCAGCAUCCUGGAGAGGCUGGUGGCAGAAGGGAGAGUCGGAAAAGUGGUUGUCGGGUUUCAAGUGCUUCUCAAGAAGUGGCUGGGUUUACAGGACAACAGUGCUGACCACAUUGUGCACACUCCUACUGCACUCUCAGUGAUCAUGUCCGUAGCUCUCUACAACCCAUUCCCAUGUCGUGGGCCUGGGAGUCCACCAUCUGAGCGCCACGUUGCAGCGCAGCACCACCAUCUGCUGCCUGGUAACGGUAGGCAUGGUUCUGCGCGAUCCGAUUUCGCUGCGGUAGUGUUGAAUGAGAGACAGCAGCAGCUUCCCUUCUUCAUUGUAGAGUUCCAGCAAGACGGCUUCAGCGUACACAAGGACUAUGCUGUUGUCGUUUGUGAAGCAGUGUUCGAAAUGAAUCGCAUUCUUACGAUGGCAUGUCUCUCCUCGGACGAGGUAACUGCGAUCACGAUGCAUGUCGCACUUGUAAACGAUACGUCCAUCAGCUUGGGUAUGAUCAGGCCAGUGUACAAUGAGGCGAGGACAGCGCUUCUGUACAGCUAUAGCAAGGACGUUGCGAAUUUUGAGCUGCGCAGUGGAUAUCCUGCGGACGAUAUCAAAAAUGCCCUUGAUCUG